AUGAGCCGGAUACAGCGAUGUUUCAAGUCCCUGGAGUCCGCUGGUUUUUUUCGCUCCCAUGAUGACAACAUAUUAGAAUUACUUUGCCACGGGAAAGAAUAUGCUAAGCUGCUCCAACAGCACUGGCUACGUCUGCGACCCUUGGCUGCUCAUCUAGAUGACUCCAUCCAAACCAUUUCUCCUUCCAACCUGCACCGUUUUUCCUUCCCCGAAAGCCAGCAAUUCGGUAACAACUUUCAAAAACUCAUCAAAGAUCAUCCCCGCAAAGCUAAAUGCCCCACUCUUAUCAAGCACCAGAGCUUAAGUUCCUCCCCAAAAGUCAAUCCCCUCUUCGGGGUAAAGUCUCCUGCAACUUUGUUAACCACAGACUUUCUGGUGGAACCACAUCGCGCUCUAGAACAUUUCUACAACAUGCAACGCGAGAGUAAAAUCUGGUGGAUGCGACUAUCCUCGAAUCCCAGUCGCUACCGCAUUGUCCCUUGCGAUUUGGGGGAGGAGUACAAUCCUAAAAACUAUCAAGCCAUCGAUAUCAAAUCAAGCUACGGCGAAGCAGGUGAUGUUACAGUAGAAGAAUUGAGUCUGGUGCGGAUUGUGGAAGAUAAUGGCUAUCGUCUGUCCGAUGCGCGAACGGGUGAAUUUAUACAACCAACUGUUAUACGUUCUGUGAUUGAGCUGGAAACGGCCACUUGUGCUCUGCUCCUGGAUGGCUGCGAUCAUGGUCGAGAUGCGCAAUCCCUGUUGCUUCACCGCGUUUUAGCACCAUACCAAUGUGGAAUCGCCUGUGUGGAAGGCGAAUCCGAGUUAUCGGGUGACCUGGCCGAUCUAUGCUUGCACCUGAAGCACGUUAUACAUCUUGCUGGUCUGCGACUCCGUGAAGGCACUGGAUUUGCUUCAGCCAAAAACACAUCACAGCUAAAAGAUCACUUGCUGGAAUCGGAUAUGCUGGGCGUACCUUAUACAUUAGUCUUAAACGAGCAAACCCUUAAAAAUGGACUGAUGCAGUUGCGCAGCCGGGACACCAGACUGGCGGAGACCAUACACAUAAGCGAUGUACCGGACUAUUUAUUGAAUAUAUUUAAAAACUGA